AUGUCCAUCGACGCUCGAAUUCGGGAUAUCCUCGAAACAGCCUCAAACUACGCGGCUGGAGGGAUGCAUAUGAAGCUACGACAUAUUGAGCUCUUCUUAGAAGGGGACGAACCAACGAUUGCCAAUGUCCUUGCCAAUGUCACCAUCAAAUACGAGAAGGGAAACAACAGUCGACAGAACAUCGUUACCGCAAGACAUGGAUUAUUUGCCAGUGGUGGUACGUUAGAAGAGGUCCUCACCGCAGCUAAGAGGAGACUCGAUCGGCGGCUACUCUCUAAAGAUGGUAUUCUCCCGUUCUGCCCGCAGAUUUCAAAGAGAAUGCUCGACCUUCAGAAGGCGGCUAGUACACAGCAAGCACGCAAACAAUCGAGACAAUGGGCUAUCAAGCUGGAUAUCUUACUCGUCUUCACACAUGAUGUCCGGCGCGGCACUUCCAAAGACCUUGCAAAGCUCCCCAGAGGUGUCAUGAAAACUCACAAUUCCGGCGUUGCUCGAGCUAUGGGACACAAUAACAAAUCGAUGAGCAAAUUCUACAACGGGGACGAAGAUGAGGCGUUAAAUAUUUACAAGGCUGGAAAUGAGGUGACUGAGAUCGAUACAAGGAUCCUACAAGCGCCAGUUGGGUAUAAGCGGCCAAACCAAUUGGAGGUGCGCAAGUUGAUCGACGACUACAUCAUUGCCAAUCCUGGCAAACUUCCAGGCAACCAAAACGACGCUCAGCUCUUUAUCGAGCCGGUACCACAGAAAGAUCAUCCCCGCAGUAAGGAAUACAAGAGAAAAGCGGGAAUUGCUGCAACUUCGGCUCCUCACAUAGUCGAACCAGAUCCAUUUGCUGAUGCGCUUGCCGCUACGGUCCAAGAGAAAGCUCGUCUUACCGGUGGUGCCCUCAACCCUGAGAACUCCAUCGCCCACCUCGUGGACCAGCAACAGCACCGGCAAAUGCAAACACCCCAAGCAGUACAUACCAUCGACACCUCUCUCCAAAGCCUUGACCCAAGACUUUUUGACCCGACACCGCUUGACCCGAGACUCCUUGACCCGGGCCUCGAUAUCCCCAGCGCCUCUUCUGAUCUCCUUACGGGGCGACAAACCGAGUGGCUUGAAGGCAAUCUAAUAGCGACAGACGAAGACGAGGACGAGGACGAAAUCAUAUCAAAUACCGACACUAACACCGACGGUAUACCUGAUCCUAUAGACGCCCCACAACAGUUUCAGCGGCCGGACGAUGAGAACGCCGGCCAUACCCUUCAUCUUCCGCCUCCAGACUUCGAUACUUCAGCAAGUACAAUCUUGUCUUGCUUCCUGGCAGGGAUGUUAUCGUGGAAGGCAAUGUCCCAGCCGGCAACACUCGAGACAAACCGGCCCCGGUCCGACUCACUUGUCCAGAUUGUCCAGGUAAAUCGUUCAAGAAUAUCGUCAUCCUUCGUGGUCAUCGCAAGAGACGUAUAG